AAAGCUGUGCCACACAUAAAAUAUUCCGAUGCAUUAUACAUGUUUAUGACAUGAUACGCUUGCCCGACAAAAGGGAAAGUUGGUUUCAUAAUAUAUUUUGCCCACAUAUUUAUUCAAAUUGUAUGAACCUAGAUGACUGACACGGGGGGAGAGUGGCAGGUUGCACGCCGACGAAAAGGUGCGUCCAAAAGGUCGACGAGUUUCUUUGUAUCUACAUCAUGCUGUCAGAACCAGCUGGAUGUCGGGAAAACCAUCAAGCGCAUCAGAGAAACCGCGGCUGACUUAAAAUGCCAAGAUGUUUGGGAAGAAUGGAAAGGGCAGAUCCAGGGCAACGUCUCAGAAAAGUUGCAAGAGAGUUCAGAUAGCAAAAUAAGUCCACUUCAGUACGUGUGUUAUGGCUUGGGCACCUUUUCCUCGUGUGUAUCUGCACGUUACCAGCUGGCCAUGCUGCUCCUGCUCCUGGAUGCAGGAAAGAUUCCACUCAAAGACUGUUUUGUUUUUGACCCUGCUUUCUCCCCUGGAGAAAAGGAUGUCCUGAGAGAGUUGGACCUGACUGUUCUCACAGAAAAUGAGGAGGGGAAGCGACUGGCCACCAAACCUACACUCUUUUACCUCAUGCAUUGUGGGAAGGCCCUGUACAACAACUUAUUGUGGAAAAACUGGAAUCCACAGAGUCUGCCCCUCAUUAUGAUAAUUGGAAAUAGCUUUAGUAGCAUGCGAGAGAGGAUGAUCGAGAGAGAAUUCAAGAGGAACUACAGUUACAUCAGCCAGGCGGUGACUGUGUGUGAGGAGAGACAGCUGACCUGUCCAUCUCAUCUUAUUGAUGUCUUCGGUGAUACUGCACUUAUCACUUUUAAUUCUACAAAGCUUAUUAGUCUCCCACAGUGUAGUUGGACAGAGACCCCUGAACCCCAGUAUCAAGACUGCCCGGAUUUGGAGAUAAUACAGAGAGAAUCUAACAAUGGCGUAAGGACAUAAGCUAUUGGUAGUAAAGGAUGGCAGCAUUUACAGUUGCACCACUAGCUGAAUAUGGUGGACUCAAAGCAGUGAUGGAUGGUCAGUGCCUUGGUUUUUUUUUAACUUGAUAAAGUACUUUUUAGAAAAAAAGUUUGACAUUUGGUAAGGACAAAUCUAUGGGUACAUUGUGAAAUCCAACUUUGAGUCAUCCAUACCUCCAGAUGUGCACAAACUACAUUUAAAUGUAAAUAAAAAAUGAGCGAUAUAAAAAGUUA